AUGCCCAUCAAGAUUCGGUACAAGGCGCCAUCAGGCGGAGGCACACUCGACUUGGACGAUACCGCCACUGUCGGCCAGCUCUUCGAUGCCCUAAAGGAGAAGACGGUCUCCAGCGACAUUACCAUCAAAUACGGUUGGCCUCCGAAGGCCCUGGCUGCGGAUCAGGUCGAGACGUCCGUGGUUUCACUCAAUCUACACCGCGAGAGCCUGACAGUAGUUCCUGCCGAGACUGCUGCUCCGGCCCCAGCUCCAGCUCCGGCAGCGACGGCCCCGGCCGCUCCGGUCCCGGCGGACCUGUCAUUUGCCCCCAAGGAUGUCAAAGACAGGCCAGUCACCAUAAAAAUGCCCACGGACACGUAUCUUGUGCUCCGGGUCAUGCCCGACGACAACUCAUGCAUGUUCACCGCCAUCGCUGGCGCACUUCGAGGCACGAACACCGGCCUCGAUGGCUCCUCUCCCGACAAGCUCCGGCGCAUCGUGGCAGACCAUAUCCUCGCAAAGCCCGAUGUCUACACCAAGGUUGUGCUCGAGAAGGAACCUAGAGACUACUGCGCCAAUAUGCUGCGACCCGACGUGUGGGGAGGCGCCAUCGAGCUUGGCAUCAUCUCUGAGGUUUUCGGCAUCGAGAUAUGUGUUGUCAACGUCAAGGAAGGCACUAUCAUCAAGUACGGCGAGGACCAGCACGAGUUGCGCUGCGUGUUGGUGUGGUCCAACAUACACUACGACCGGGUCGCUGAGAUAUUCGACGAGAACCAAGUAGAGGACGACUUCGACGUGACGACGUGGAAUUGUCUUGAAAGUGACCAUAUCCUGAAGAGCGCCAAGGACCUCUGCAGGAAGUUGAAAGACGAAUACCACUACUUCACCGACACGAGUGACUUUGUCGUCAGGUGUAACCAGUGCGGUUGGAUUGGGCAGGGCGAGAAUGCUGUUGUCAUGCAUUCUACCAAGACCGGGCAUAUUGCCAUUGAGGAGAUUCCCGACUCUUGA